GAUGUCACCCACUUUGCAUCAUGAAUGCACUCGCGUUCCCGUGACCGCUCUGACGCUACACGGCUCGCAUGUCUUCGCCGCUGAUGGGCCGUUCUUGCGCAUCUACAACUUGAAUGACUCGGAUUUGCUGGCCACUGAGAGAAUAUUCCGCACCCAGGCCAUUCAUGGAUUUGUGCCCGUCACUGCAACCACAGUAUUAGUCUAUGGUGGCCAAUACGUGCGCUUAGUCGAAUUAAUCGGUGACCAUGGAUCCGGGAUUUCGAUCAAACUGGGCCCGGCAACCCAGGUUUCCGACUGGGUGCUCGCUGCUGCUUCCUUCCGGCUUUGCCAAAGUGGAUGGCGAUCUGUUCUCGUCACCGCACACAAUGCGUUGAUACUUUUGGAGACUGGUCCGCUGCCGUCCCAGAGCUUAGACCUGAAAGUCUUGAACCUGACCCCAAGUUCACGAUGCAUUCUCUACUCUGCAGACGUUGACUGGAUGUCAGAGACUGCUGGUCAAGAUGACUGGAAAGUGCUCGUCGCGUCUGGUACGGCAUUUGGAGAAAUCCUGAUAUGGUCGUGCAGCAUGGAACAAACGGAGAAACCGCAGUCACGGAUACACCAUUUCUUUACUGGACACGAAGGAUCUAUCUUUGGAGUUCAGAUCUCGCCGCAAGCUUGUUUGGAUGAUGUCAAAGGCGCACGUCGAUUACUAGCUAGCUGCAGCGAUGACCGUACUAUCCGCCUAUGGGAUAUUACGGACCUUCCUGAGCACGGCAAUCUCACGACCGACGAAGAUCCCCUCAACCUGUUGCAAGAUCGAGAAACAGGCUUUGGAGCUAACGUCACCUCUGAGCAAGACAAAUGCCUUGCCACUGCCUGGGGUCACACCUCCCGCGUGUGGGCCAUGAAAUUUGCCGUUUCAGAGAGCAAAGCGAGCACAGGACUGGAUACGGUCCGCCUCGUGUCGUUUGGAGAGGAUGCCACCAGCCGUAUAUGGAGAAUCGAUAGCGGAAAUCAUUCUGCAAAGCCACACGCCGCCGCGACGUCCGUGAACUUUGAACUCGUCGACACGAAAUCCUUCCAUUCCGGAAAGAACAUAUGGGCCAUGGACGUCUCUGCUCCCCGAGAGGAUGGAAGUUUCACUGUUGUCACAGGAGGGGCGGACAGUGCCAUUGUAACCUACCAAUGGCCCUCCACCGCCUUGGACUACACGUACCCUGAGCCAAGCAAGGAUGCACACAGAUGCUAUGCGUUUCUGUCCAGUCAAGAACUUGUUUCGGCAACUAACAGUGGCCAAGUCAUCAAGGGUGAUGUCGGAGGUGGCAGCGUCACCUGGCACGUUCUUGGUCAGCUUGACGAGCUCAAGGGCUUCUCGGUUGCCGCGAGCAUACCGAGCUUGGGGCUCGUCUUCCUCGCUGGAAGCAGCGGACAAGUGUACUGCCACAAAAGGGACGGCAGCGACUUGUCUCGCGUCGUCAAGGUCGACAGGAAAGUUGCAGGGCUGUAUGCCAGCACAAUUACCGUCAACGACGAAGUGCUUGUAAGCUUAACGGUAGCUCCAGUAGGUGCAAUGGCUGUAAAACAAUUCCUCCUGUCACCCGGACCGCAGAUGAACGUGGUAAGACAAAUGACUUUACAGCUUCCACCCAAGUUUGUAGUCACAAGCGCGCUGUAUGUCGCGGUGCCGGGCAGGCAUCUUGCAUUUGUGGGCGCCAGACACGGCUCUGUCGCAGCUUUCACGAACAUUCCGCUCGACCAACCGGCGGACGAAGAAACGCACGCACACACGGCCAUGUAUCCACUGCAAAACCCGGAAACAGUCACUUCGAUGACAUGGAUUGCCGCUCAAUCAGAUUCGGACACUGACUCCUCUCUCGGGCAUCUCGUCUCUGUCGGCCGCAACGGCAGAUACACGUCCUCGCGCAUCUUCCCAGACGCGCCCGCACUGCUAGUGCACCAACUCAGCCUGCCCUUCGGCCCCAACGUCGAAGGAGCCUUCAUCCACGCCGCGACAGGCAGACUCAUGGUAUACGGGUUCCGGGGCCGGCACUUCGUGCUCGUCAACACGCAGAACGAGCAAGAAGUCUUCUCGAUCGAAUGCGGCGGCGCGCACCGCAUCUGGGCCUUCUGCCCCGGCACCGCAGGCGGUACGUUCGUCUGGCAGCAGGCCGCGACCAUGAAGCUGUACAGCGCGGCCGCGGUGACGCACGGCGUCGUCAGCGCGGGCGGGCACGGGCGCGAAAUCAAGGCCUUGACGGCCUCGCCUGCGGAUCCACGCAUCCUGGCUACCGGGGCGGAGGACACGACGAUACGGGUUUUUGAGCGGGAUGUGCACGACGGACCUAGCGGGACGGGGUUUCGCAGUGUGCGCGUCGUGCGCAAACAUGUUACGGGCAUUCAGGACUUGCAGUGGUCGCCCGACGGCCGCUUCCUGUUCAGCUGCGGCGGCAACGAGGAGUUUUUCGUUUGGCGCGUCCGCAGGGUCCCGGUCGUUGGCGUCGGCGUCGUGUGUGAAGCAGAAUGUCCGUCGGAAACCGAACUCUCUGAUCUGCGGAUCAUGGGGUUUGCGGUGCGGCAGACUUGUCCAAACACCGAAGGGAGUGUGGAAGCGGAGGCGGAGGCGGACGCGGACGCCGCGUUCGUCGUCGCGAUGGUGUACUCGGACUCGAGCGUGCGGGUAUACGCCUACACGUCCUCGCCGACAACAAAGCUUUUCCGCCUAUUAUCCUCCGGGACUUACCUCACGUCCUGUCUCACGCAAUGCGCCUUCCUGAGCCCGACGUGCCUCCUCACGGGCGGCACGGACGGGCAUAUCGCGCUCUGGCCGCUUCCUUCCUGCACCGGCGCUGCUGUCUCCUCCCCUACUGCCGACGACAACGCCGCUGCCGACGACCCUGACGCCUUCGCUUUCGCGGCCAGAGCCAAGAUGCACCAGUCGGCGAUCAAGACGCUCGCGCUCGCGUACCUGGGACCGGGGACGGGAGCGACGCUGCUGCUGACGGGCGGCGACGACAACGCGCUGGGCCUGUCGCUCGUGCGGGCUGUGGAUGGAGCAGAAGAAACAACAGCCACGAAGACGCUGCUGGUGCCGCGCGCGCAUGCGGCGACGAUUACGGCGUGUGCGCUUGUGCGUGCUGCGGAGGAUGGGGAUGGAGGUGCUGAAGCUGGAACCGAGGUCUUCUGGGCCGUCACGGCAGGGAACGAUCAGCGCGUUCGCGUGUGGCGGGUUAGUGUCGAUGUGAGUAGAGAGGGGGUUGAGGGCGUGGAGGUGCAGAGGGUAAGAAAUGUGCCCUCGGCUGUGGCGGACGUGGCGGGGUUGGUUGUGGUGGAUGGUGGUGAUGGUGGUGCUGUGGGGGAGGUUGGGGUUGUGGUUGCGGGCGUGGGGAUGGAGGCGUGGACUUUGCGGUGAUUGUGGGAUGUGUAUCAUCUAUUGUAGCUGACCUCGUGCAGUAUCGGUGCACAUCUACAUACGUAUGCAGAUAGCUAUGUAGAUAGCUAUCUAUGCACCUACAUACGUAAGCACACCCCUCCGGGUACCUCACCCGCAC